GCCAUCUGGAACAGGGACGUCUGUCAGGAAGCCAGUGUAACUUCGGCCGUCAUCGCGGCACAACCGACACGAUUUUCGCCGCUCGCCAACAGCAGGAGAAAUGUCAGGAGAUGCGGACCCAUCUCAAUUCUACCUUCGUGGAUCUGACGAAAGCCUUUGACACGGUGAUUCGCGGGGGACUGUAGAAACUCAUGCAGAAAUUCGGCUGUACCGAGCAAUUCACUCGGAUGGUGCGUCAGCUCCACGACGGCAUGAUGGCGUCCGUCACGGACAAUGGAACCGUGUCAGAGGCAUUGGCAGUGACCAAGAGAGUGAAGCAGGCCUGCGUCCUUGCUCCUACCCUCUUCAGUCUCAUGUCCUAUGUCAGAGUAAUAAACGCCUACUGCAAUUAACGCCCCGGAAUCCGCCUCGCCUACAGGACGGACGGCCAACUCCUCAAUCAGCGGCGGAUGCACUUCCAGUCGCGUGUGUCCACAACUUCCAUCCCCGAACUUCUCUUCGCCUACGAUUACGCCCUCAGCGCAAAUACAGCAGGGGACAUGCAAAGGGGGCAUGGACCUCUUCGUCGCCCGACACAACUUUGGCCUGACCAUCAACAAGGAGAAGACGGUGGUCAUGCACUAACCGCCACCAAACACAGCCCCUCCGCGCAAUGCGCCGCAGAUUAGCGUGAUCGGAACCAACUGCAAGUGAUGGACAACUUGCCGUAUCCAGGCAGCACUCAUCCCGCAGCACUAGAAUCGACGACAAAUUUACCCGCCGAAUUUUCAAAGCCGGCUAAGCCUUCGGCUGUCUGCAGUACACCGUCUAGUACCGUCAUGGCCUCCAUCUCAGCACGAAGCUGAAGAUGGGCAAGGCCGUCAUCGUCCCGACGCUGCUCUAUGACGCGGAGACCUUGACAGAAUAAAUGAAGCAGACACGGAAGCUCAACCAAUUCCAUCUCUGCUGUCUUCGCCGCAUACUGUAGCUGAAUUGGUAGGACCAAAUCCCUGACCCAGAUGUACUGGAGCCUGCGGGAAGCCUCAGCAUCUACGCCAUGCUGAGACAGCUGCAACUGCGCUGGGGCGGUCACUUCGUGCGGAUGGACGACGAGCGGCUAUCCAAACGACUCUUCUAAGGAGACGUCCCCAUGGGUUCUCGCCGCCAAGGAGCAAAAUCCGCCGAUACAGGGAUACUUUAAAGACCUCCCUGAAGCGUCUGCAAAUCAGUCCGGCCAACUGGUAAGGCCCCGCUUGAGACCGGUCGACCUGUAGGAGGACAGUGAAGAGAGGCGCUGUGAUUUACGAAAAUGACCGCAUAACCGCCGCCAAAGCCAAACGUGAGGCACGCAUGUUUCAGCUGCGCCCACUCCGCAGUACCAACACACAACCACCCCCAACGUGUCCACAAUAUCAACGGACUUUCAGGACGUUAAGUGGACUUAUUGGGCACCUUCAGACAAACUGCAGCACUCGGAUCGCACCAGCCGUCGUCCUUCCAACCACAUCUCCCUCGUCCUCGCCGCCGUCAAGUAAUUCUGAGUGCCCUCCUGAACCAUCACUUCCAUCCUCUUCCUCCUCCUCCGCCUGCUCCUCCGCCUGCUCCUCCGCCUGCUCCUGUCCUCCUCCUCCUCCUGCUUCUCCUCCUCCUCCUCCUCCUCCUCCUCAUCCACCGCCCCAGCAUUUACAUGCACAUCAACACUACACGCAAUCCUAAUACACUAACAAGCCUCAACACUGCAACCUCCAUCACCAGAGGUGAGGACGCGGACUAUACCUGUCCUCACUGCGACCGCACACUCACCUCGCACAUCGGCCCGUUCGGUCACUUGCGAAUCCAUCGCACAGAGACUGGCGAACCAGUGACUGGAGCACCAACCAACACCCGCCGCAUCUGCCUCCACUGCUGAAACUGCCCUCGCACCGCAUGGGUAUGUUCGGCCACAUGCGCAUCCAAGAAAAUCGGCGGUAGACAACUGCCGGCUGCACCGCACCACGACGCUCCCCCUCACCAGUAUCUCACCGCACAUCAACAUCAGACACCACAAGCACCCAACUGCCGCUUGCCACACAUGUGACAAAUGUGCGUCUCGACUCGGUCUCCGUGCGGCUCCUGUCCCAUGAGUGAAUUGAGCUUGAGACUAUCCCGACGCGUCAAGCGCCGCGGAUUGGUAGGCUUCUGAUUAACGCCCCAAUUCUAUCCACGCAGUCCAGUCAGUUGCGUGUAUGUUUGUGUGGAGUGGCGGACUGGUGGACUGAGAGCCGGGCCGAAAUGUGUUUGGAUGCUUGUGUUUGGGUGGUCAGGUCGUGCAUGUGGAGCGCGCAGACAAGGUCACUAGACCAUUUCAGCCACCGCGCCCAUUCCCCGCCACAGUCAACUGGCCAGCUUGGACCGUGGCUGAGAUACGGGAAUGGGAAUGGAGAGUGAGGUCGACAACUCAGCGCAUUUUCUUCACUGUAAACAAUCUGACGCGCUUGAAGCUAUCACAGUGCGCAAAAAGCCAUGACUUGAAAGGUUGGCAACUGACGGAAUAACUUGCACCUCGCAGUCGCCCGAGUGUGGUGUGUGUUUUUGUGGAGUGGUCGGCUGGUGGUCUGAGAGUCAGGCUGCAAUGGCUCCUUCUUAAUGUGGCCUUUAUGACACUCUCACUACAUGAAACCCCAGCCGGGCGUGGGCGGCACGCCUAAGUGCGGCUUCGGCCGUUCCAGCCUUCAUUCUUUGUUGUUGAUCCAAGUCUGGUUAUUUGUUGUGUGAACGGGGAGGGGUGUGGAGUGGAGCGCCAAGGUGCGGACUCGACAGUGUCAUCCACUUGCGCCCUUCCCCGUAUCCGGUAUUUUUGCCUUUGUGUUGACAUCGGGUCCAUGUAUUGGAGGACGGGAUUGUACGGUAGAUGCUGUGCAAGUCUUCUAUCACUAUAAACCAAGUUUUUGCACAAGUCGUCGUCCCUGCGCUCACCCUGCUUUGAGGUAUAUGGUGGAUAUCGUCGAAAGGGAUCGUCGAACUGUCGUGUCUGUGAGUGUGUGUGUGGGCUGUAGGGGUGUACAGGGCUGGGUUCACGUGAUGGUCGUAGUGGUCGCACACUUGCUUGCAGGUGAGACUACGCCUAGCGUCUAUUUGCUGGCACUCAACUCUCCCUUGUGCCCCCACGUGGCUGGGGUCUGAUCAGCGGCCACACCCCGGGCUACCGCCUCGACCGGUGGGCUAAAUCAGGUGAGGGUAUCCGUGCGUGCACCUGCACAUAUGGUACUGGGGUCUCUGCUGGCCGGAUAGAUCUUUGCGUCGACAUCGUCGAGACGAGGCUCUGCCUGGGCCAUCGCAGGAGGCCGCCAGGUAAGUGACAUUCGCUCUGCUUUACUUCCUUACUAGUUUGUUUAAACUCCGUGCCGUAUGCUGCUCUUGCUGUCUCUGUGUCUGCUAGUCUGUGCCUCUCUCUGCUAAUGCUAGAUGUUACUGUGCUCGACUUCGAAUGAUGCUGCUACUUACUUGUCUCACUUGCCUUCGUAAUUGCCUGCUUAAUUCCUGUGCUGUCUGUUGCUCUUGUCUGCGUCCUUUUAUCUGUCUAUCAGUCUGUGCCCCUCUCUGCUAAUAACUUGGUUUUACUGUGCUUGACUUCGAAUGGUGCCAUGCUACUCCUCCCUGACUGAUGACUGUGUCUGCUUGUCCUAGCUGUAAGCCCCAUAGCGUUCUGUUGUGUGUAUGCUCUCUCCUACUCAACUCCACCCCAUCACCACCAAGGUCCCAGACUAACUCGGGUCGUUCUCUCAUUAACAAAAAGUCGUGGUCCAUAGUGGAGUUCGGCAGCCGUCCGGGAUAACCGGGCAACCCUAUUUAGGGGCGCGCUUCCUGCCCUCGCGAGGGGAAGGGGCUGGGAAAGAUGCCCUAAAAAUAGCUGGGAACCGCGCUGUCUGUAGGCUGGCCGUGGCCGCAGACAAAACACAGACGGUCAAAACAGCCAAAGCCGAAACAACAACAACAAUCUCUCUUCCUCAUCCCGCCUAUUCUCCUACUUUCCCUAGUCCUAGUUUUCGCUGCCGCAAUCGCCAGACUGGCAGGGUGAGUCCGCUCACUCUAGCAGCCUGGAAUGUUCGUUCCUUUUUAGACAACCCGAGGAGCAACCGACGGGAGCGGAGGACAGCGCUAGUGGUCUGGGAACCGGCGCGCUAAAAGGUGGACAUCGCCGCACUCAGCGAAACCCGUUUCUCCGAACAAGGCCAACUGGAAGAGGUGGGUGCCGGUUACACCUUCUUCUGGAGUUGUCGCCCCAUGACAGUGACGAAACGCGGGUGCCGCCUUCGCCAUUCGGAACGACAUCGUGGGACAUCUGCUUUGUCUGCCACAGGGCAUCAAUGAUCGCCUGAUGAGCCUCCGUCUGCCUCUCUGGGGAGGCAAAUUCGCCACCAUCGUCAGCGCCUACGCUUCGCCGAUUACCAGCCCCGACGUCGCAAGAGACAAAUUCUACGAGAACCUGCACGCCCGCUUGGCGACUGUGUCGAAGGCGGACAAGUUGUUUGUCCUUGGUGACUUCAACGCCCGCGUCGCACAGACCAUGCUGCCUGGAGAGGAGUGCUGGGUCCUCAUGGUCUCCGCGGCUCAAACGACAAUAGUCUGCUGCUCCUCCGCACUUGAGCAGAAUGCCGCCUUAUCCUGACGAACCCCUUCUGUCUUCUGGAGCGAGAGAAUGCCACCUGGAGGCAUCCUCGGUCACGUCAAUAGCACCUGCUGGACUAUGUCCUCGUCCGGAGGCGAGAUCAGCGGGGCGUGCUGGUGACAAAGGCGAUCGCGGGCGCUGACGGGUGGGCCGAUCAUCGCCUCAUCAUCUCGAAGAUGCGUAUUCGCCUACAGCCUCGCAGGAGACCAUAAGGUAAGCGACCGCAGGUAAGCUAAAUAUUGCUUCGUUGUCUUCGCCCGCUCAUCAUCUUCGUUUCAGCAAUGAGCUAGCUCAUCGGCUAGACAAACUUAUAGUCGCUGCAACCGCCGCCGCCGCCGCCGAUGCCGCUGCCGCUGCCGAGAACGCCUCUGUGGAGAACCGCUGGUGUCAACUGCGAGAAACGACCCAGUCGACGGCGCUAGCCGUCCUCGGUUGCGCACGCCGUCAACACCAGGACUGGUUCGACGACAACGACGCCGUCAUCAGCAGUCUGCUCGCCGAGAAGAAUCGCUUAAAAAACUACUUAAACCAUCCCACCGAGGACAAUAGAGCUGCUUUCUACCGCAGCCGUCGCCAACUUCAGCAACAACUGCGCGAGAUGCAUGACGUCUGGACUGCUAGCAAAGCUGAGGAGACCCAAGGCUACGCGGAUUGUAACGAAUGGAAGAACUUCUUCUACGCAAUCAAAGCUGUCUACGGUCCGCCGACGAAAGGCACUGCUACUUUCCUCAGCGCCGACGGCAGUACCCACCUGACCGAGAAGACGCUAUUUCUACAGCGAUGGACUGAGCACUUCCGAGGCCUCCUUAACCGCCCCUCCACCAUCUCCGACGCCGCCAUCGACCGUUUGCCGCAAGUAGAGACCAACAUGGACCUCGACCUCCCGCCAUCUCUCCAGGAAACCAUCAGGGCCGUGCAGCAGCUCUCCAGCGGGAAAGCGCCUGGAUCGGACGCGAUUCCUGCUGACGUUUUCAAGCACGGAGGUCCCUAA